GGACGCACAGACAGACACACAGAGCCACCAAAAACAAUACUGUGGGAGUGAACUGACUAUGUGAAGUACAGGUGUUCUUCCCACUCUCUCCUCUCUGGCGACACAGACGCAGAUGUUUCGACUUCCUGAAAGAGCCUGGCGCCGAAAAGAAGUAUGUGGAGGAGGAGACCCAUGCUGUUGUUUCCAGCGUUCUUCAUAUCCCUCUUUCUCCUCCGUAAAGAUUUCAGACACAUGUUAACCUUCAUCCCUGGAAUCAUCAAAAACCAAGUAUCUGCAGAAUCGGGUCCUUAUGUGUCUCCAGGUCUGUAUUUGGUGGAAUAUCCUUACCAGUAUCACUUCAUCAUGAAUGAGCCGCAGAAAUGUGCCGAGCAGAAGCCUUUCGUGGUUCUGAUGGUCCACGUGGCGCCACAGAACAGGGCUCAUCGUGACAUCAUCCGUAAAACAUGGGGAAGUGAAAGUGUGGUACUGGACAAAGUGGUGACGGUGAUGUUCCUGCUGGGGCUGUACACUGGAGAGGGAGGCGAGCAGCUCCGAGAACAGCUUCUGCAGGAGAGCGAGGAGCACCGGGACCUGAUCCAGAGCGACUUUGUGGACUGCUACAAGAACCUGACCAUCAAGACCAUGGUGAUGAUGGAGUGGCUGGACACCUACUGCUCCAACGCCUUCUACGCCAUGAAGAUCGAUUCGGACGUGUUCCUGAACGUUCCCAAUCUCAUCGCACUGUUGUCAAACGCUCCAAAGUCGUACUACAUGACCGGCCGCGUAGAGAGAGGAGCUGAAGUUCUUAGAAAUUCAACAUCAAAAUGGUUUGUUCCUGAGGAGAUUUACCCUCAAUACUUUUACCCCACAUAUGCUCUUGGUUUGGGCUACAUCAUGUCUUUGGACCUCCCAAAGAAACUGGCGGAGGCAGCCAAACACAUCAAAGCUCUUUACAUUGAAGACGUGUAUGUGGGCAUGUGCAUGGAGCACUUGGGCAUCCCCUUCACUGACCCUCCAAGUGUGUUGGAUUUUAACGUUUCUCCUGUGAUCUACAAUCGCUGUGCUUUCCAUAGCCUCAUAGCCACAACGGUUGAGGACCACGUCAACCUUUUAUCGCUUUGGGAACACUUUCACAGCUCUGACACAUUUUACUGUGACCAAUUCAACCUAAACGAGUAUGUACAACAAUCGAAAAUUAGAUUAUCUGGCCAAAUACACCCAACCCCAAGAUCCACAAGUAUAAUUAUUAGUGACCAAUAAUAUACACCGUUUGCCAUGAAUUGCAUUAAAAUAUGUCAGAUCAAAUUCGAACAAAAGGUCUUAUUCCUUUUAAAUUUGGUUCACACAUUUGUUACCAUCUGUAUUAGUGAGCACUACACCUUAAAAUGUGCAUGAUGUCAAAACAAAGUGUUUAUUUACCCCACCUCCAACAUCUAUUCAGAGAAUUUCUAAGUACAUCUAACCGCAUAGCCUCAUAGCCUGUCCAUGUGGACCCCAUAAUGGUUAUAUCCAAUCAGACAAUAUGGGUCCCAAGCAGGUAUGUCUGUGGUUUUACAUUUUACUGAAACCAUAUGGGACCUGCAUAAUUUGCCCACUUCAGACUCAGUGCCAAUUAGCACCCACUUAGCAACAGGUAGCCUGGAAAGGGUGGGCACGGGCUUGAAGUGGGCAAACACGUGUGGAACCCCCAUGGAAACCAUGCACAAACCCGCACGGGACCCAUAUUUGUCAGCCUGAAUAUAACCCUUAGGACCCAUGACCUCAACCUCUCCCAUCUCCUGAGAGACCAUCUGAGAUCUGCUGCCCAGAAAGCUGAAGAAACUGUUGGACAAAUGGUCAGAAAACAUCUCAGGGAAGCUUAGCUGAGUGCUAGUCGGCCUUGCCUGGGUAUCGACCUGACUGCCACGUGCUGCAAUGACGACCCAAGUCUGGGCAGAUGUCGCUGGUUUGAGCUAACUUUCGUUUUCAGGAGGCCAUGUUGGCCAACUUCAGAUUCUCCCAAUCGCAAACCCUGGCGCAAUAUAGGUGUGCAUAACGCGAUGGCAAACAGAGUGGUGACAUCACGCAGCUUUUGUACACAUCCAACAUGUUGUUCGCCGAAGAGCAGCUGUCCACGGAGCUCAGAUGCCAUUACUAGAUACUCGAACACAAGAUGUGUUGUUUGCUUGUAAUAUAUAAAACAUGUUUUAUGAUCUCAUUUGUCAAGUGGCUCCAUGCGUGUCUGGCUGCUGAGCUUUUUGUUUGUUUUUUGCACUUUUUGUCAGAAAUUCGAUGGAGAAUUCCUCCAAUUAAAGAGUUUGUGGUGAA